UCAGAAUCUCCGACUCCAUCUUAAAGAAAUACACGUAAAAAAGUGAUUUUUAUAGAUUUUCCAGAUUUUCUAGAGAGAGAAAGAUCUUCCAGCUCCCUCCACCAUUGCCAUCGUUUUAUAUUUAUACCCUCUAAACUUUUAGAGAGAGAGAGAGACGGGCCUCCACAGCCACGCUGAAAGAGACCUACAAGGCGCUGCUUCUGUAUAAGACCAAUCUGGGGCCGAGGUAUAUUGGGUGAGCCAUAUUUUCCGAUGGCUAGAAACGGGAUGUUGCCGCGGCGGCGGAGGGGGGCAGGCGGCUUCGGAGACGUGCCCCCUUCUGAUUCGCAGCAGGUUCAUGUUCUCGCCGUCGACGACAGCCUUAUCGACCGCAAAGUCAUCGAACAGUUGCUCAGAAUCUCUUCUUGUAAAGUGACGGCGGUGGAUAGUGGGAGGAGAGCUCUGCAAUUCCUGGGGCUGGACGAGGAGAGAAGCUCCAUUGGAUUUGAUGGCCUGAAGGUGGAUCUGAUAAUCACAGACUAUUGCAUGCCUGGAAUGACUGGUUAUGAGUUGCUCAAGAAGAUCAAGGGAUCAUCUACUUUCAGAGAAAUCCCAGUUGUGAUCAUGUCUUCUGAAAACGUUCUGGCCCGGAUCGACAGAUGUCUAGAGGAAGGCGCGGAGGAUUUCAUAGUGAAGCCGGUGAAAUUAUCAGACGUCGAGCGCCUGAAGGAAUACAUGUUCGGAGAGGAACGGCCGGCGAGAGAAGACGGCGGGAUCAACAAGAGAAAGUCGCCGGAGGCCUCCGACCCCUCAUCGUCUCCCUCACCGGAGACGUCGCAGCCGUCCAUCUCAUCUUCAUCGCUAGCGUCGUCUCCCGGUUCCUCGGACACACUGUCGUCGUCGUCGUCGUCGUCGUCGUCGCCGCCGUCUUCUCCGGCUUCGCUUGAUUCUCCAACGAGGCGCCUGAAAAUGAGCAGCAGCUGUGGGUAGGAUCUGGAAAGCCGAGAUCAACAGGAACCAAUUGAAGCGAAUUGGUUGCUCCAUUUUGUUUAUGAUUAUUUGGUUGGAUUUGAUCCUUUGGUACCCGAAACGUUACUUUUUUUUUUUUUUCUUAAUACUACUGCUAUUUAUUGUAAUCGGAAAUAUGAUAUUUUUAUAAUUUUUUUAAUGAAGUAAGGAGAAUUACAAAUGAAAUAGAGAU